GCAUCCGAUUCGGCGGCCUUUGGGAACGUGUCCGCGCGCCAAUAUCCCGGGAAAAUAUCUAGAUAAUUCCUCCACAAAAGUUUCUCCUACAGAAAAGCCCUCCACGUUUUGCAGAAAGGCCCCUGUUCUCCGGCUAACGCCCCCGCUGAUCGGUAAUGGGCCCGUCCGAGCUCAUCUACCGACGGCACGAAUCUCAUCGCCAUCCGGACGGCGGGUACUCCCCGAAGCCCGAGAAGCAGUGGCUCGCCGUCGCCCGUCCCGUCCGGUACCUCCUCCGGGAGCAGCGCCUCCUCUUCGUCCUCCUCGGCAUGGCCCUCGCGGCCGUGCUCUUCUCCGUUCCACACCCUUCCUUCCGUCGUCCACCUCCGCUCGCCGGCGGCGUCGGCGGAGGAGCGACGGGGCUGGCGCACCCCCACCACCAUCGCGGCCACCGGCGGUGGUCGGAGCGGGCGGCGACGGCGGGGGGGAAGGUGCCGCUGGGGCUGCGGAGGCGGGGGCGUCGGGUGGUGGUGACGGGCGGCGCGGGGUUCGUGGGGAGCCACCUGGUGGAUCGGCUGAUGGCGAGAGGGGACAGCGUGAUCGUGGUCGACAACUUCUUCACCGGGAGGAAGGAGAACGUGAUGCACCACCUGGGCAACCCCAACUUCGAGCUCAUCCGCCACGACGUCGUCGAGCCGCUGCUGCUCGAGGUGGAUCAGAUAUACCACCUCGCCUGCCCGGCUUCCCCUGUUCACUACAAGUUCAAUCCCGUCAAGACUAUCAAGACCAACGUGGUGGGAACUCUCAACAUGCUCGGACUUGCAAAGAGGGUAGGAGCGAGGUUCCUCCUUACUAGCACCAGUGAGGUCUAUGGUGAUCCCCUGCAGCAUCCUCAAGUCGAAACUUACUGGGGCAACGUCAAUCCGAUUGGCGUUAGGAGCUGCUACGACGAGGGGAAGCGCACAGCCGAGACCCUAACUAUGGACUACCAUCGUGGUGCCCAAGUCGAGGUGAGGAUUGCUAGGAUCUUCAACACGUAUGGCCCUCGUAUGUGCAUCGAUGAUGGCCGGGUCGUCAGCAACUUCGUGGCACAGGCACUGAGGAAGGAGCCAUUAACAGUAUAUGGAGAUGGGAAGCAGACUCGGAGCUUCCAGUAUGUGUCAGACUUGGUGGAGGGUCUGAUCCGGUUGAUGGAUGGGGAGCACGUCGGGCCCUUCAACCUUGGCAACCCAGGCGAGUUCACCAUGCUGGAGCUGGCCAAGGUGGUGCAGGACACCAUCGACCCCAAUGCCGCCAUCGAUUUCCGUCCCAACACUCAAGAUGAUCCCCACAAGCGCAAGCCCGACAUUACUAAGGCUAAAGAACUCCUCGGCUGGGAGCCUACAAUCUCCCUCCGCCAAGGCCUUCCCCUCAUGGUCACCGACUUCCAAAAGCGCAUUUUUGGCGAUCAUGGAUCCUAAUCUUCACGCUAGUUAUUGAAGUCCUACUCUUCUACUCCACUCUACUCUGGGAGUGGAUAAACACUCAUCAGGAAUGAAAGCAUGGCAGCAGAAGGUUUCAUUCAAAACAAGGAAAUGCUAAGGUCUGACUUGCUUCAUUCAUUUGAUGUAUGGGAGAGGUCAACCACUAGUAGUGAUGAUGACUGGAGGAAGCCUAAAGUAGUCUGAUUCACAUUGAUUUGCUUCCUCUGUAGCAGUUUUAUAUUUCUUAAAUACAAUGUUAUGUUUGUGCUCCAAGCCUAAAGACAACCAGGUGUUGGCGUAGAAGCAAAGACAUAUUUACUCUGUACUGGGAUUAUUGUUUACACCUUUAUAUUCAACUUUGUAGCAACAAUUCCGGCAGUUAAUAGUAAAUGGUUGUGCUGUAUCUGCCAUUUCUGUUUUUUGUUA